AGACGUAUGGGCUCAGUUAGCGAUGGUCAUUUAGAUAAACAGUCGCUACUUAACGAUUAGUUACCAUCGUGGUACAAUAGAGACAACGCAACGUCUUAUUGUCCUUAUAUUAAAUGUAUGUGAUGCGAUAAUUGUUACCAGUAUCUUAUAUAUAAAUAAUAUUAUGGGUCGGAGAAACGGCAUCGUUGGGAUUCUUUUCGUCCUCACGUGUGCCCUUUCCUUAUGGGAUCUAGUUGCAAAUGCUGUUAACAUCGAUUCAAAUGCCGCUGCAGAGCUCGAAGAUUUUAUUCUAGAAGAUGAAUUAGUCAUAUCAUUUCAAAAUCUUAAGGCUCGGAAACGAACGAAGGCAUCUGUUGAAACUUUGUUUGCAGCAGAUUUUCCAGGAUCUCGACAAAAACUAGUUCUCAUGCUCGAUCGCAGGCACAAAAGAGUUAUUGUGGAAACAGUAGAAAAUGGGAAGAAUCGUGUUCAAUACUUUACAAUCGAUUCAUUAGAAGACAAUACUCACAUAAAUUCUUUAAUUUUUGUGGUUAAUCAAAAGCAACCCGGAGCUCACAUAACGUUGGUGCUUAACUGUCUUUCUUAUGGAAAAAUAGCAACCCCUAAAGCCAUGAAAGACAUGUAUUUUUCAAUGGAUGAUCCGUCAAUACAAGUCUACACAGAAAGAAAAUACUUCGUUGGAUUUGAUAAAGGAGACAAUUUACGAAACGUGUUCAGUCGAAACGAAUGUCCCAGUUUAACGUUAUCUAACGAAUAUAAACGAUCACCACUUUACAAUACAUUUGAAGAAGACGAUCCCAACAUUCAAUCAGAUAGAGCAGACAUACCGCUGGUCUCAGCUUUAGAUGAUGGUGCAAUUCUAAACGCCUUAAACAAUCUAAUAAAAGCGGUCAACAAACUCUCUGGAGACGUUCAGAAUCAGCAAAACGUGAUCGAUCAUCUGCGCCGGCUUAUUGAAGAGUGCGAAUUGUGUAAACAGCCAAAACCUAUUCAAAUACAAGCCACUUGUGCAACUCAUCCGCCAGACUGCUUCCCAGGAGUUCGUUGUCAUGAUACUCCAGAAGGCCCUAGGUGUGGAUCGUGUCCCAGGGGAUAUAUUGGUAAUGGCUACGAAUGCACUCCAGGGCGAACUUGCAGCGAGAAUCCUUGUUUCCCGGGAGUGCGUUGUCGGGAUAUAGAAUCUCCACCAGGAUAUCAGUGUGGUCAGUGUCCAUCUGGAUACGAGGGCGAUGGCGAACAUUGCGACAGAAGAUCAGGAUGCCAAUACGAACCAUGUCAUCCUGGGCAGAGAUGUAUAGAAAUAUCAGCUCCGCCAUAUUAUAAAUGCGAAGGAUGUCCACCGGGUUUUACAGGAAACGGAGAACAAUGUAGAGAUCUAGAUGAGUGCGACUUGGCUCGGCCUUGUCACCCUGACACCUCCUGCACCAACCUGGAACCCGGUUACAUUUGUGGACCAUGCCCUGCUGGAUACACCGGAGACUCUGGUGGUGUUCGAAGGGUUGGCAUAGAGGAAGCUGAAAGGAAUAGACAACAAUGCUACGACAUUGACGAAUGUCGGGAUAAUCCUUCAAUAUGUGGACCGAACUCCAUUUGUGAAAAUAGUCAAGGUUCCUAUUCCUGUAGGAGUGCAUGUGGUGAAAAUUUCAUUUUUGUAAACGCGAGUUUCGGAUGUUCGCCAAAAGAAGGACAUUGCCCCGAUGGAUUACAUUGUCCACCAAAUUCUCAAUGUGUUCCUUUGGUUGGUGGUAGAUACAGAUGUGGCUGUCGAUUUGGUUAUGUGGGAGAUGGAACAGUUUGUGGGCGGGAUACAGACUUGGAUGGUUGGCCCGACCAUGAUUUACACUGUAGCAGUCCCAAAUGUCGCAAGGAUAACUGCGUUGACCUUCCUAAUUCUGGCCAAGAAGACGCCGAUGGAGAUGGUCUUGGUGAUAAAUGUGAUCCUGACGCGGAUAAUGACAGAAUACCGAAUGGACCCGACAACUGUCCAUUAGUAGCUAACCCUGAUCAAGCCGAUUCCGACAUUGGUGGUCCAGAUCGACAAGGAGAUGCUUGUGACAAUUGUCCAACAAUGCCUAACUAUGACCAGUCAGAUAUUGACCACGACGGUAGAGGUGAUGUUUGUGACGAUGACAUGGAUGGAGACGGAAUCUAUAACGAACGUGACAACUGCCCAAGGCAUCGCAAUACUGAUCAAAGAGAUCAAGAUAGGGACGGCAUUGGUGACGCUUGUGACAAUUGUCCGCAAGUACCAAAUCAAGAUCAGACUGAUUCAGAUUUGGACGGAGUAGGUGAUAUUUGUAGUAGAGGAGGAGACAGAGACCAUGAUGGCAUUAUUGAUGAACGAGAUAAUUGUCCUCAAAAGGCUAACGCCGAUCAAGCUGACACUGACGGAGAUGGAAGAGGUGAUGCAUGCGAUCCUGAUAUCGAUGGCGAUUCAAUUAUCAAUGAAAAAGAUAACUGCGUCUACGGCUACAAUCCUGAUCAAAAAGAUUUUAACGGAAACAAUGUAGGAGAUGUGUGUGAAGACGACUUCGAUUUAGAUACUGUUCCAAACGACCUAGAUAACUGUCCUAAUAACUCUUUGAUUCAUACCACUGACUUUAGUAGAUAUAUGACAGUCGCGCUAGAUCCUGAGGGUGAAUCUCAAAUAGAUCCAAACUGGGUAAUUUAUGCGAAAGGUGCAGAAAUUUGGCAAACUAUGAACAGCGACCCUGGCCUUGCUGUUGGUGAAGAUCGUUUUGGUGGUGUUGACUUUGAAGGUACUUUCUACGUGGAUACGGAAAUAGACGAUGACUAUGCAGGUUUCGUUUUCAGUUAUCAAAGCAACAAAAAAUUCUACGUAGUGAUGUGGAAGAAACAUUCUCAACCAUACUGGCAGCAUACACCAUUCAAUGCGGUAGCCGAUCCCGGAAUUCAACUGAAGGUCGUUAAUUCGGAAACCGGUCCCGGAAAAAUCCUCAGAAAUUCCUUAUGGCAUACAGGAAAUACUCCCAAUCAAGUAAAAUUACUUUGGAAAGAUCCUCGAAAUGUAGGAUGGAAAGAAAAGACUCCAUAUCGUUGGUUACUUCAUCACCGACCUAAAAUAGGACUAAUUCGUUUCAAACUAUUUGAAGUUGACAGAAAAGUUGCUGACUCCGGAAAUGUUUAUGACACAACAUUAAGAGGUGGAAAACUUGGAGUAUUCUGCUUUUCGCAAGAGAUGAUUAUUUGGUCUGAUCUUCUGUAUCGUUGUAAUGAUGCUGUACCUCAAUCGAUUUACGAUGAUCUGCCGCCAAAACUAAAAAAGCUAGUAAAUAUUGAUAAUUCAAGGAUAUCAUCUAAAAUUGUUUAUGAAUAAACCACUUGUUAGAAGUGAAGAAUUAUCUUUCUUGAAAGACAAGUUCGGAAGUCAUUGAUUGACAGAUAUUGAUUGACAAAUAUAACAGUAUUUAAACUGUGCCAGUUCGUUUUAUACCUAUGUACUUAUCAAAAUAAAACUAAGUGUUACAAUAAUGUGUAAUUAAACCUAUCUAAAUAAAUUAGAACUUUACUACUA